AGCGAGCCCUUGAGGAUGUCCACGACCCGGCCUCUCGCUAAAUAUUCAUGAGGGAGGCGGGUGGACGCCACAGCACACUGCGGCCGGCGCCAUGAAGCUCAACGUGGACGGGCUCCUGGUCUACUUCCCUUACGACUACAUCUACCCCGAGCAGUUCUCCUACAUGCGGGAGCUCAAACGCACGCUGGACGCCAAGGGUCAUGGAGUCCUGGAGAUGCCCUCAGGCACUGGGAAGACAGUGUCCCUGUUGGCCCUGAUCAUGGCAUACCAGCGGGCAUAUCCGCUGGAGGUGACCAAACUCAUCUACUGCUCAAGAACUGUGCCAGAGAUUGAGAAGGUGAUCGAAGAGCUUCGAAAGUUGCUCAACUUCUAUGAGAAGCAGGAGGGCGAGAAGCUGCCAUUUCUGGGGCUGGCUCUGAGCUCCCGCAAAAACUUGUGUAUUCACCCUGAGGUGACACCCCUGCGCUUUGGGAAGGAUGUCGAUGGGAAAUGCCACAGCCUCACAGCCUCCUAUGUGCGGGCACAGUACCAGCAUGACACCAGCCUGCCCCACUGCCGCUUCUAUGAGGAAUUUGAUGCCCAUGGGCGCGAGGUGCCCCUCCCCGCUGGCAUCUACAACCUGGAUGAUCUGAAGGCCCUGGGGCGGCGCCAGGGCUGGUGCCCAUACUUCCUUGCUCGAUACUCAAUCCUGCAUGCCAACGUGGUGGUUUAUAGCUACCACUACCUCCUGGACCCCAAGAUUGCAGACCUGGUGUCCAAGGAACUGGCCCGCAAGGCCGUCGUGGUCUUCGACGAGGCCCACAACAUUGACAACGUCUGCAUCGACUCCAUGAGCGUCAACCUCACCCGCCGGACCCUUGACCGGUGCCAGGGCAACCUGGAGACCCUGCAGAAGACGGUGCUCAGGAUCAAAGAGACAGACGAGCAGCGCCUGCGGGAUGAGUACCGGCGUCUGGUGGAGGGGCUGCGGGAGGCCAGCGCCGCCCGGGAGACGGACGCCCACCUGGCCAACCCUGUGCUGCCCGACGAGGUGCUGCAGGAGGCGGUGCCUGGCUCCAUCCGCACGGCCGAGCACUUCCUGGGCUUCCUGCGGCGGCUGCUGGAGUACGUGAAGUGGCGGCUGCGUGUGCAGCACGUGGUGCAGGAGAGCCCACCCGCCUUCCUGAGUGGCCUGGCCCAGCGCGUGUGCAUCCAGCGCAAGCCCCUCAGAUUCUGUGCUGAACGCCUGCGGUCCCUGCUGCACACCCUGGAGAUCACCGACCUUGCUGACUUCUCCCCGCUCACCCUCCUUGCUAACUUUGCCACCCUUGUCAGCACCUACGCCAAAGGCUUCACCAUCAUCAUCGAGCCCUUUGACGACUUUUUUUUUACCAUUGCCAACCCCAUCCUGCACUUCAGCUGCAUGGACGCCUCGCUUUUUUUUUAACCUGUAUUCGAGCGCUUCCAGUCUGUCAUCAUCACGUCUGGGACACUGUCCCCGCUGGACAUCUACCCCAAGAUCCUGGACUUCCACCCCGUCACCAUGGCAACCUUCACCAUGACGCUGGUUUUUUUUUGCCUCUGCCCUAUGAUUUUUUUUUUUGGCAAUGACCAGGUGGCCAUCAGCUCCAAAUUUGAGAUUUUUUUUUAUAUUGCUGUGAUCCGGAACUACGUUUUUUUUUUGCUGGAGAUGUCUGCUGUGGUCCCUGAUGGCAUUGUGGCCUUCUUCACCAGCUACCAGUACAUGGAGAGCACCGUGGCCUCCUGUUUUUUUUUGGGGAUCCUUGAGAACAUCCAGUUUUUUUUUCUGCUCUUUAUUGAGACCCAGGAUGGUGCCGAAACCAGUUUUUUUUUGGAGAAGUACCAGGAGGCCUGCGAGAACGGACGCGGGGCCAUCCUGCUGUCAGUGGCCCGGGGCAAAGUGUCUGAGGGAAUCGACUUCGUGCACCACUACGGGCGGGCCGUCAUCAUGUUUUUUUUUCCCUACGUCUACACACAGAGUCGCAUUCUCAAGGUGAGGCUGGAAUACCUGCGGGACCAGUUCCAGAUUCGUGAGAAUGACUUUCUCACCUUCGAUGCCAUGCGCCACGCGGCCCAGUGUGUGUUUUUUUUUAUCCGGGGCAAGACGGACUACGGCCUCAUGGUCUUCGCUUUUUUUUUGCAGCGGUUUGCCCGUGGGGACAUUUUUUUUUAACUGCCCCGCUGGAUCCAGGAGCACCUCACAGAUGCCAACCUCAACCUGACUGUGGAUGAGGGUGUCCAGGUGGCCAAGUACUUCCUGCGGCAGAUGGCACAGCCCUUCCACCGGGAGGAUCAGUUUUUUUUUUCCUUGCUCAGCCUGGAGCAGCUGGAAUCAGAGGAGACUUUUUUUUUGAUAGAGCAGAUUGCUCAAAGCUGCUGA